GUUCAAUACUAUCGUUUAUAAACUUUAUUAUUAUUCAAUAUGUCUGAUUAUAAGGAAAUGCGAGAUAGCAAAAAUACAAAUGAAUGGAUUAAUUGGAUUGAAGAAGCUAUUGUUAAAGAACAUUUAAAAUUAUACGAAUACAAUCAAUUUAGUAAUAUUCAAGAAAUUGGUUCUGGAGUUUUUGGAAAAGUGUAUCGUGCAAAUUGGAAAAAUUUAAAAAAACAAUUUGUAUUAAAAUCUUUUUUUAAUCUUAACAAUGUCACCAUAAAGGAAAUUGUUUGUGAGUUAAAAAAUCAACGUAAAGUUGAUUUUCUUGAUAAUAUUAUUCGUUGCCAUGGAAUUACAAAAUUUGAGUCAGAUCAAAUUGGUAAUAACUAUAUGCUGGUAAUGGAAUACGCUGACAGUGGUAGUCUUCGAAGCUAUUUGAAAAAAAACUUUAAUAAACUCACUUGGGAUGACAAAUUCAAUAUGGCGUACCAAUUAGCUUAUGCUGUAUCAUGUUUACAUAGUGAGGGGAUUAUCCAUCGUGACUUGCACUCUGACAAUAUAUUAGUUCAUCAAAACAUGAUCAAAUUGGCAGAUUUUGGGCUGUCAAAAAGAAUUGGGAAAUCAUCCAAUUUUCAAUCCAAACCAUUUGGAAUGGUUCCUUAUGUUGAUCCAAAAAGCUUUAACAAACGAAGAAAUAAUAAUAACCAAACAACACAAAUGUACUCGUUAAAUGAAAAGAGUGAUGUUUACAGUAUAGGCGUAUUAUUAUGGGAAAUAUCCAGUGGGCAACCUCCUUUUUAUGUUGAGAAUGAAGAAUAUGAUGUUGGUUUAGCUUUGGAAAUUUCGCAAGGUCUUAGAGAAACUGUUGUUCCUGAUACGCCUGAAGAAUAUGUUAAAAUUUAUACUAAAUGUUGGGAUGGGGAACCAGAUAAUCGUCCAACCAUUUAUCAAGUAGUUGAUCGGCUAAGUGCAAUAAUUACAAAAACAGAUAUAAUAAUAGAAAAUCCUCAAUUAUCAAGCAAUCAAGAAUUUAAUGAGGCCCCUUUAAGUAUCAAUAAUUCAAAAUUACAAGGAGAAUUAUCUAAACCGAAUACAAAAGAAAUUGAUACUACAGCAGUAUCAGAUAAGCAAGAAAAAUCUUUAACUAACAAAGAUUUUAACAGAAUAUUUGAUGAAAUAAAAGAUUUAAUUAUUAACGUUAAAUUAUUAAAUAAAAAAAUUGAGGGAAAAUUAAUAAAAGAACGAUCUAUUGAAAACUUUAAUAAUUAUAAUAAUGAUUAUUAUAAUAACGAUGAUUAUAAUCAAGACGUUAUUUUGUGUGAUUCGUCUCGAGUAGAUACGUAUAAUUCUAAUUCUAUUACAUAUCGUAAUAUUGGUAAUUAUCUUAAAAACCUGUGUGAGAUUAUUGAACAUCAAGAAAAAAAUAUAGUAUCCAUUCAUCCGACAAUCAACAAUAGAUUCGAAAUAUUUUGUCUUAAGCUUGAACAAAUUGAUUUGUUUAGAUCACUAAUGUAUAAAUAUUACGAAUCUGGUUGUGAAUUAGAACUUGGGAUGAGCCUCUUUCAUUGAAUACGGGAUAUCUAUGUGAUCCAGCUUUUAAAGAAUAUGUGGAAUUCUUUGAUAAAUACAAAGAAAUAACUUUGUAUUUUACCGAAGGGUUGGAACGUGUUAACUCCGAUGAAUAUAAGUACGCGCUUGCAUAUUUUAAAUAUGCAAUAGAUCUGGAGAAUGAUU